AAGAGGAGAAAGAGCAGGCGUUGGUCGAAGAUCGUUGUAUAGGUUUUUGCUCGACAUUGUUGUAACAUGAGUCAUCAUCUCUGCGCAUCUUUUCUCCCCCUGGAGUGGGUACAUUCAUUCAUUCACUCACUCGAUCGUCAUUUUAUGCUUGAUGACUAUACCAAGACGACCGUGACACCAUCUUCUAUCUUCUUUACUACAAUAAAAUUCUAAAUCAUUCAAAAUCCAAAAAUAAUAGGAAAUGUUAAAGACUCCUCUUCAUCUUCUUCUUCUAGUCGAAGAACAAAUAAAAGGAAUAGCUUCUACACGAAAAGGAAUAACUUCUCCACGAUAAUCUGAUUUGAACACGAACCACCCGAACCCCUUAGAAAAAGAGAAGAGACCACAACGGCAGGAGAACUUCUAUUUAGCAUCAUUGUCUGUCGAACAACACGAAACAAGACACGUCACUCGUAGAGUCACGGCACGUAGACACACACACUCAAUACUGAUAGUCAGCAAAAUGCCUCGCUUUUCGGUGAUGCGCGUCGCAGCUUUGUGCGCCUUUUAUCAGCACAACAAAAUCCUGGUCCUCGCUGUUGAUGAUACUGAUGAAGAUGGUAGUAGUGCUGCUGGAGGAGCAGCGAAGGGCGGGGAGGGGCAGCAAACUCCUGCACAAAGAGUAGCAGCUGCUCGACAAAAAUGGAUAGACACCAAUAUAAAAGCCAUCGAACCUCUGGCCGCUGAACCCACACCAGCCGCCGCUAAUGUGCAAGCUCUUGCGGAUGGGCUCGUGACCCUGGGCGAGAUGGUCACGGCCCUGAGCGAUAAGGUCGACAACCUGGGCAGCCAUAAAAGGAAAUGGCUGCAAGAAGCGGCCAAGGCCAAGAUUGGAUCGAUGUUACGGCGGAAAGAUCUUAUAACUACUCCGCAUUUUUUUUUGAUUUGCGGAAUGCCGUAAACUAACACACACUAACAGAAAAUGCCACCACUAGCACUAGUAGGCGACUUGGAUAGUGAUGACACUGAAGAAACAAGUCAGUGACGCCGGGAGUCAAGAAGUUAGUGGCAGUCAAUCACUUGCAUUUGGCACAACUCCCUUCUCAAGAAGAGACUCUUUAUUUUUACUCUAACACCAUACAAUGGCGCCAAGAACAAGUUAAAGAGUGUUGGGACAGGGAUGUUCACCCGCAGAGGAACGACUAAUUCUAAUAGCGGGGGGUCGUCUUUUCUGGAGCAGGACGUUGUCGGCGAGGACUCUUUAUGAUCAGGUUGAUCUCCAUCUCGCAACGCAUCUUUGAUAUCCUAUCGUCUCGUUCUGAUAGAAUCCGCAGAAUUGAUAGUUGUUCUCAAAUCCUCAGAGUCAGGAAGAGGAACAGGAUGAAAACGAGUAGAUUGAAAACCUCUCAAUCAGCUCUCGAAAUCCUCAAAGUAUAAUCUAUGUCGUUUCUCAGAUAGUCCCCUUACCCAUAUAAAAAUAUUACUAGCGGGGCUAUCUGACUAAUAGACCGAUAUCCUCCAACCAAUAUUUUACUUCAAUAGAUUGAUAAUCUCUAAAUCCUCAGAAUAGUAGAUUGAUAGAAGUCUCUAAAAAAUUAUCAGAAUCAGGAUCAGCAGGAGCAACAGCAGGAGCAGCCGGUCUAUCGUCUCAGAGGCUCCAAACACGUGGUGGUGAAGGCUGCGGAAUCCGAGGCAUCCCCUUGAUUAAGUGAAGUAGAUGUAAAGACUGCAAGAAUCAUAAUUUUCAUGAGUAGAAUAGCUGGAUAAGAUG